AUGGUGGAAGCUCAAGCUGAAAUGGAAGAGGAAGAUUUUGAUUUAAUUCUUAGUUUAGACGACACCGAUGCCGAAAAGGAUGAUAAAACAUCCCCUGUUAUUCGACAGUCGACUGAUGCUUUCACUAUCAAUGAAGUGAUCGCAGUUCUCGAGAGGAUUUCUUCCAGCACGAUAAAAUCCGAAGCUGAAACAGCCACAACAAUAUUGCGAAACACGCGCGGGAAAAAAGAUUUUGCCACCUUGGAUUGCUUUGUGUCUGUAUUUGUCGAGGCUUUUAAUCAGUGCAAUGGUUCGGUGAAGAAGUUUAAAAGCGACAGCGUACGGGCUAUUAGGUUGGAGAAAAAGUUUCCCACUCUGAGAAAUGACAAAGUGUGA